UUCUACUUUAUCUUUUUCUUCUUCUUUCUUAGCUUUCCCUUCCUUCUGAGCUACCCGUUGCAUAAACUACCAUGAAAGUAGCAAUUUUUCUCAGCAAAAUUAGAAAUCUUUUCACAACAAAACCAAAAAUUCCCAACUUAGAACAGAAUUUAUACAGCAUUUAUACACCCAAAAAGCAACCCAAAUCAAAGAAACAGAAUCCACAUGGAAAAAUCAAUCUGAACAUAGCUCACCUUCAAGUUUCUCACAGUACUAGACAGCUCUCGCUUCGCCAUUGUUUCAAUUCCCAAAACUCAAUUUUUCUUUUUGGGGCAAAGAAGGGGUUUUUGUUUUGGGCCCAACAAAUUGUGGUGUCAGCGGAUUUAAGAAACCGGGAAAAAGGAAAAAAGGGGUAAAGAGUCCGUUCCAAAAUUACAUUCAAGACCUUUUCCUUUAAUGAGAUGGGGCAAUGUGAACCGUCGGAUCUUUCUACGUCAAGUGUCCAAGAUCGAAUCUUUACAAAAAUAUGAUUCCUUUUUAUUAUUCACCUUUCCUAUCACACAAACAGGACCCCUGGAGUUGUGUGAUCUUCUUCUUCUUCAGUCGAUAUUGUCGUCAUCAACUGCAGAAGCAGAAAAAGAGCCGCUUAAAGAUUUUCCGUCGGCAUUCUGAGUGCCUAAUCAUCACGUUUUUUAACCAUGAAUGAUGAUGAGAAUGGCGGUGGCAUUUCAACCUUUUCGCAAAACUACCGUUGUUACCCUGUUUCUUUCAUCGAGAAGUCCCAUCUUGAAAAAGGCGACAAAAGUAUGUUGACUCACUUACUAACCUGCACUCUUUCUGUCAUUUACUUGUACUCCGCUAGACUAAAUAUUCACAAAAAAUCUGUUCUUUCCGCAGUUAUAAUGCCCCCAUCAGCUCUCGAUCGGUUAGCUUAUUUGCAGAUUGACUAUCCUAUGUUAUUCGAACUUACAAAUCCGUCUUCAAGUAAAAUUACUCAUUGUGGGGUGCUAGAAUUUGUUGCAGAUGAAGGCAUGAUAUACCUUCCAUAUUGGAUGAUGGAGAAUAUGCUUCUUCAAGAGGGUGACAUCGUGCACAUCAAGAAUGCCAGUUUAUCAAAGGGAACAUAUGUGAAGCUCCAGCCUCACACUAUGGACUUUCUAGAUGUAUCCAACCCUAAAGCAAUCUUGGAGACAACACUGAGGAACUACUCUUGUUUAACCACUGGUGAUACCAUCAUGGUUGCCUAUAACAACAAAAAGUUUUACAUAAAUAUAGUGGAAACCAAGCCUUCCUCGGCAAUUAGCAUUAUUGAAACAGACUGUGAGGUUGACUUCGCACCACCCCUGGAUUAUAAAGAACCUGAAAAGAAGCCACAGCCUGUGAAGAGGGCUGCACCACCAGAAGUGGACGAAGAUCCGGCUAAGAAAGUUCCAAAGUUUAGCCCAUUUAGCGGUUUUUCAAGACGCUUGGAUGGGAAAACCGCAGCACAAACUCAAUCCUCUCCAUCAACUUCCACUCCUGUCAAACAAAAUACUACUGGUGGGACUGAUGUUUCAAGUUCAUCCGACUCAAGCUCACGCCGACACGCAGGAAAGCUCGUCUUUGGUUCAAAUACGGAUCGUCCUUCAAAUGGAAAACAAAAGGAGGCUGCUGUUUCAAAGGAGCGUCAGGAAGAUUCUACCCAGAAGGCUGAAGUGAAGUUUGCUGCAUUUACUGGGAAGAAAUACUCGCUGAAAGACUAA